UUUGGGGGAGUAACUCAGUAUUUUGAUGCAUUCAAAAGUAACUUUCCCCAAAGAUUGCUGACAAUACAACACGCAGAUGUUUUAUUUGUUGUUGCUGGAGUAGCUGAGGGACAUGAUAUAAAAGCUCCGCCCUCUUCUGGGAAAGGGGGCGGAAAGUAGCUGCUGAUUUGCAUUUAAAGAGACCACCCAAAAAGAGACAUGUGUAGAAUGCUAUAAGAAAUAAUCUGUAUUUUGAGCUUUAUCUUAACAGGCACAUUCUGAUGUCUCGUAAAACUGACAUUAGUUUGGAAAAAGGGCAUAAUAGGACCCCAUUUACAUUUCAGUGAGCAUGUUUUAUUAGGUUUAUGAUACAAACUGUACAUUUUUGUAAAUAAGCUCUCAGGGUUGUUGCUGCAAUAGAUGUUUAGUUAAUAAUUUCCCAAAGUGUGACCAGUUAUUGCUUUCAUAUGACCAUCUUAAAGAACUGUCUACAACACCUGCGUGUCUCGCUGUCACUUUAUACAAGCUGUGCUUAAAAUGGAUGAACUUUGACCUUUGGUUUAACUUUGUUUUACCGUUUUCAUGCUGAAAACUCUGUGUUAGCCAGCCAGCAGAUGUGAAGUCUGAACUAGGUCAUUCUUUUCUGAUGAGGAAAAUGUCAGGAGACUCAGAGUUAGGAUGCACUGAACAUUUAUUUAAAGUUUUGGUGAUUGGAGACCAUAAAGUUGGGAAGAGCAGCUUUGUUAAACUCUAUGUGAGGAAUCAGUUUUACGAGGAGUUGAAAACCAGUAUAGGUGUGGAUUUUUCUAUGAAGGUUAUCGAUUGGGACGCUCACACACGAGUGAGAUUGCAGUUUUGGGAUAUAGCUGGUCAAGAGCGUGUGCGAGGACUGAAUCGUGUGUACUUCAGGGGAUCCAGUGGUGCUUUUGUAGUAUACGACCUGACAAGCGGCUCAUCGCUGGAUGGGGCUCUGAACUGGAAACGUGAACUCGAUUGUCAAGUAAUGUUGAAAAAUGGCCAUCCGAUCCCUGCUGUUCUGCUGGCUAAUAAAUGUGAUGAGACUAAAGUGAGCCGGAGGAACGCAUCCCUUCUGGAGAAGCUCUGCCAGGAGAAGGGUUUUACUGGGUGCUUUCAGACUUCAGCAAAGGAGAAUAUCAAUGUGGAUGAAGCUGCUAAAUUUCUUGUGAAGCACAUUCUCCAAAUUAACGAAGAAUCAAUGAAAGAAGAAGAGCAGAAGAUUCACCUCAAACCACACACAAACACAAACUCGGUCUGCUGCUGACUUUACAAUCCCACCAGACCCUUUCCUUCAAGAGUUCAAUCUAUAUAAUAGGCCCAGAUCAUAAUGCAGUCCAUAUCUUUUUUAUUUAUUGUUUUGUCAGAGAUUAAUAUUCAUCUAAACUAUGAUCUGGAUCAGAUACCAUGUUUAAGGAGUUCCAUGCUGUGUAUCUAAUAAAUACCUCUGUGUGUCUCA